AUGUUAAGGCAUUACUCGCAUCAGCACGCCGCUGCCACACCGGCCACUCAGCUGGCUGACCCGAUCCCUCACGAGCCGGUCGGCGUACCCACAUACAGCAUCUCACCCCCAAAUCAAAGCACAAUUUCCAGCGGAUCACCGCGGUCAUCGGGCGAGUCGCUAGCAUGGUCCGACACUGCAAGCGAGUCGUCUGCUCCCCAGACACCACCGAGCGAACCUGAAGCCGAGGUCGAUGAUCUGGUCGAAAAGUUGCGAAACCUGCCGGCCGCGGCGGUAGACUUUACUGGCAAUUCGAACAAGAGGCCACGCCGGGCAUCUACAACCCUCAUCGCCCAGAACUCGGAGGAUAUCAGACGGAUACUGGGCGAUUCUGCGACCGGCACCCAGCUGAUCAAGAACUGCUGUGGUGGAGGCUGCUGCUUGGUUGAGACCGUCCAACCGGAUCGAGAAGCCCCAGGACUCGUGCCCGUCGUCCUUCCAGACAAUGAAGCCUUCCGAAGCCUGAAGCUCAAGUUAAUACCGCUCAGCUUGAACACGGAGCUCACGAAUGUACCUGAAUUGCCUCCUGUCAAGGUGUCUUUCGAAGGUGUCCCCGCAUCAGAGCCGAAGCACACUACGGCUGUUUUCAAGGAGCCUCCUGCUUUCGUCCAGCCCCAUCCUCCGUAUAGCGUCUUCUCUGCGCCGGUACACCAUGCGAGAGAGUUGACCAAGCCGGGUGCCGAGAAGAGGACGUACCAUUUCGACCUGGACGUGACGGAUUAUCCGGAUGAAGGCGGCGUUGACUUCAAGGUUGGCGGCGCAAUCGGCAUCUGCCCGCCAAACGACCAGGUGCUGGUGGACGACAUUUUCGACAUGCUGGGCGUUCCCUCGUUUGUUAGGGACAAGCCGGUGUUGAUGAAGACAGCGAACGGACGCUGGCCAACCAUCUGGGGAGACGAGAAGCCGAGGGAGCUAGUCACGACCCGCAGAGAGAUUCUCACAUGGUGUUCGGACAUCCAAAGUCGUCCGCCUACCAAGCAGCUGCUUCGGGUUCUGGCCGAAUAUGCAAGCGCCGAGAAUGAGAGGAAGAUCCUUACAUACCUCACAUCCGCCCAGGGGCAAGCCGCUUUCUGCGACCUCCGCACCGGCCCCCAUCUCACCGUCAACCAGCUCCUCCACGCCUUCCCCUCCUCCAAGCCGCCGCUCCCGGCCCUCCUCUCCGUCCUCGAACAGCUAAUGCCACGCUUCUACUCCCUCUCCAACGACCCGCACGUCUCUUCGGCGCGCCACGGUCUUCAAGCCGGCCGCCGCCUCAUCGAAGUCGCCGUCUCCGUGCAUGAAACCGCAGACUGGCGGCACGGCAACCAGCCACGCACGGGCGUCGGCUCCGGCUACCUCGAGCGCAUCGCGCGCACCUUCAUCGAGGCAGAACAGUCCGGCAUCACGGCCCCGCACCAGGUGCUGGAUCUCCGGGUAUCGAUGUUCCGCGGGCUGAUGGCGAACCCACUGUCCCGAGAGUUCGGCGGCGAUGGGCCAAUGAUGCUGAUUGGAGCCGGUGUCGGCAUGGCGCCGUUCCGGGGCUUCAUUUUGAACAGGCUGCGCAAUGCGAACUGCGCGAACAAGAUCUGGCUCGUGCAGGGGGUCAGGGAUAGUCUGCUGGACGAGAUCUACUCCGGCGAGCUGGGCGCCCAUGAGAAGAGCAUCAAGAAGGUCGUUCAGAGCCGCAAGGCGAACAAGAUCAAGGGCGAUGCGAAGUAUGUACAGGACGAGGUUAGGCAUCAGGCUGACGUUGUCUGGUUCGUCAUCAACGCUGUCGAUGGGCGCAUCUUUGUGUGUGGGAGUAGUAAGGGCAUGGGCGAGGGCGUGGAGAGCGCACUGGUCGAUGUGGCGAUGGAGAAGGCGGGGCUGAGUAGGGAGGAGGCGGAGGACUUUUGGAAGAAGAAGAAGGAGGAUAAUCAGUAUAUUGCUGAGACGUGGUAG